AUGGAGGGGAUGUCUAUGCCAUCAUCGAUAGAGUCUUCGGUCUCAACUACGGCACAAUCAACGCUUGAUUCUGCGAUGCCGACCUCCACAGGAGGUGCAGAUAACAUGGGGGGCAUGGGAGAAGGGAAAAUGCAAAUGGGGGAAUGCCAUGAGCGUCAGAUGCUUUGGAACUGGGAAACGAUUGACGCCUGCUUCCUCUCGGAAUCCUGGCAAGUCAAGUCCCGUGGCGGAUUCGCAGGUCUAUGUAUCGGUGUUGUGCUGCUCGUGAUCUUGCUCGAGUUUCUACGCCGUGCCUCUAAGAUCUACGACCAACACUUAAUCCGCCAGCACAUAAAAGCGACGAGCGCCCUCGCCGCGACAACCGUCAAUAACUCCACGGAUACUGCCAACGGGGCUCUCAUAUCAAAAGAAGGCAACGGGGCCCUCGUCCGUGCCACACCAUUUAGACCUAAGCUCUGGCAACAGGCCAUCCGUGCCUCGCUGCAUACGCUUCAUUUUGCUCUGGCUUAUUGGAUCAUGCUGCUUGCCAUGUACUACAACGGAUACUUAAUCAUCUGCAUCAUCCUCGGCGCUUUCAUAGGGUUCUUCAUACUACAAUGGGAACAUAUCGACCCUCGGUAA